CUUUACUGCAGUACGAACUGUUUGAACAUGUCGUCUCCAUGGUAACCACUCACUGUUUCGCGGCUUUUAUAGUGUCUUUUUUUUUACUUUCACCUUCAAAGGACAUUUGUCCAGAUGUUUUUGUGAUGUGGGUCAGUCAAACUGCGUGGAAGUAAAUAUGACGUCGAGGUAAUUCCACAGGUGCGCGACAUGAAAGACACUUUGGUCUCUUAUACAUCAGUGUGAGUGUCGCGAGGACAAAGAGACAGUUACUGUCGUAAAACAUCGAGAGAAAUUGAAAUUCAAGUUUUCUGUGUCAGUGAGUCAAAGUUGACAAUGACAGACACAAAAGACCCGAGUCAGGAAACAAUGGAAGGAGAAGCGGCAGAAGAGGAGGAGGAGGAGGAGGAGGGGAAGAGCGAAGUGAUGCAGUCAGCUGCUACACUCAAGGCUUUUCUGAUGAAAAACAGCACGAAAACCAACAUGAACGUCUAUGACCACCUCACCCAGCUGCUGAUGAAGGUGAUGGAUGAGCAGCCGAACGACGCGGUGGACGUGAUUGAGGAUUUGAGCCACGACGUGAAGCGGAGCCUGUACGUGGACAAGCAGAGCACCCUGCAGGACGUCCCACAGGCCACAGCGGCCGAGCAACUGGCUGAGCAGCAGCGGCUGCUGUUCUCUCACACGGGAGACACUGUAGAGGAGGAGGAGGAGGAGGAAACGCCUCUGCCUAAUAUCAGUGAGAUCGGCUUCUUCCUGGAACAUGCUGGAGUGGGUUUGGGCAGAGAGGAGUUGCAGCGGAUCUAUCUCGCCCUGAAGCAGCUCGUCGAGUCUCAGGAGCUCGUGCGCUGCCGACUGUGGGGGAAGAUUCUGGGAGUGGAGAGCAGCUACAUUGUCGCGGAGGUUGAGAGCAAGGAGUUGGAGGAGGAGGAGGAGGAGGACGGUGAGAGGGAGGAAGAGGAGGGAGUGGCCGAGCCUGAGGAGGGGGAGGUGAGCCAGAGGGAUCAACUUCCUCAGUCGACCUACAAACCCCCACCAGCGGUCCCAAAGGAGAUCGUGGGAACAGGUGCAAACAAGUUUCUUUACUAUGUGUGUAAAGAGCCUGGUCUCCCUUGGGUGAAGCUCCCAUCAGUCACUCCCGCACAAAUCACCGUCGCUCGCCAGAUCCGCAAAUUCUUCACCGGGAAGAUGGACGCUCCGAUUGAGAGCUACCCUCCGUUCCCGGGGAACGAGGCCAACUAUCUGAGAGCACAGAUCGCUCGCAUCGCUGCCGGCACGCACGUGAGCCCGCAGGGCUUCUUUCUGAUCAUGGAGGAGGAGGACGACGAGGAAGGCGAGGCGACACAAGACAGCUACGACGUGAAUAACGACUUCGAGGGCAUCCCGCCCACCGAGAUGGCCGAGUCUUUGUCCACGUGGGUGCAUCACGUUCAGCACGUCCUGCCGCAGGGUCGUUGUACUUGGCUGAACUUGGCUUUGAAAGCAAAAGAAGAAGCUGAUGAGGACGAAGAGGUUGAGGAGCCAGAUGAGGAGCCUGAUGAGCCGGAGCCAGAAGUUGGGCCUCCUCUGCUCACUCCCCUCAGCCAAGAUGCAGAGGUAUUCAACACGCCUCCCUGGACGUCCAAGUUGUCCUCCAUUCUCACCUCCCAGCAUGCAGCAGCUGUGUUGCGCUCCAACCUCUGGCCGGGCGCGUUUGCAUAUGCUUGUGGGAAGAAGUUUGAGAACAUAUACGUUGGAUGGGGUUUGAAGAAUGCAGGCGACGGGUACAGCCCACCGGUCCCCCCCGUGCCACAGAAAGAAUAUGUUGGCGAUGAGGAAAUCACAGAGGCAAAGGACCCGUCAGCGGAGGAGGAGCGGGCUCUGCAGGAAGCCUUGGCGGCGCAGGAGGAGGACCUGGAAGACUCAGAAGACGAGGAAGAGUCGGAUGAAGCCGACUAUUAAAAUUGAUGUUAUUGGAACUUUGGCAGCAGCAUGAGAAUGAAGACUUGCCCAAAAUCCUGAUAAAAAAAAAAAAUAGCAAAUUUACUUCAAGGUCC